AUGGAGAAAUGGCCGGAACCUCCGGACCGGAUUGGACAUUCCAAGCACGCCAUCCCGUUUAAGGUCAGAAACGAGGUCAUGACUGAAUUUUUUAGCGUUCUUUUGUCCUUUUAAGUUAAUCCGAGGAUAAAAGCCAAGACAAAUGUUAUGGCCGCUAGGGUUUUUUAGCAAAAUUUGGGUAAAAAUGUCAAAAUUUUUUGAAAAAUUUGAAAUUUAGGUAACAAAUUUUAUGUUUUUUGAAAUUUUUUUUUAUUUUAAGUGAAAGAUAAGUCGAAAUUUGAGAAAAAUGUUGGGAUUUACAACUAUUAGGUGCUGACAUAAAGAACCCGCCAUACUUUGCUUGUAAUUUCCUGUAAAAAAUGGCGGGUUCUUUAUGUCGGCACCUAAUAUUAGGUUAUUCACAUAAUUCUGCGCCCCUUAUCCCACAAAUUUGUUUGGAGAGGGGGUGCAGGAUUAAGUGAACAACCUAAUAUAAUAAAUAAAAUAUAGUUUUAGGUACAAAAACUUAUGUUGUUGCUUCAAACAAUGUGUUCAAGACAGAUUUUGAUUGUUUAUCUUAUUGGUUUAUCAUAUUUCACAGUAUUUUCAAAUCGUAAGUUUAUAAUAGAUCUUUACAAUGUUUAUCUUGUUUGUUGUGAUAUUAUCUUAGGUUGAACCAAAAGUAGCGGGACACUUUUCAUUUAAUUUUCAACUAAUAAACGUCUCGCUACUUUUGGUUCAGCUUAAUAGGCUUAUAACGUUAUUUUAGGCUUAAAAAUUGACUUUUAAAAAGUUUAUUUUAGACAUAAAAAAUAUUUCGAGUUUUUAGUCAAAUGAACUAUAGCUUUAUAUUUUAGCUGAACCAGAAUGUGAGCGUUAUGUUCAUGAAGGAGAUUUCGAACAUUUCUUGGAGAUAUUCUCAGACCCUAGCCCAGGUAAGUCUAUAAAGCAAAGUUUUUAGGCUUAACCUUUCAUUAAAAACUGAUUUUUCGUAAUUAUGUUAACAUCAAGUAAAAGAAAAAAACUUUUUUAAAAUUUUUAGUGAAUUUUGUACUUAAAAUGGGAAGUCUUAACAUUUGUAUAUAUUUUAAUACCUAAACUAAGAAAAAUCUUUCCAGAAGCAGAAAUAAUGGACUGGUUAUUCUUCACCGAGUACGGUGUCCCUUUGAAUCGCGGCCAUAUUGAUGGAUUCGAAGCCAGCCGGCCGAAAAUACUUCCUCUAUAUCAUCAGAAUCGACCAUAUGGCGUGGUGCGGGUGACAGAAAACAAAGUUGUCCUUCUUAAAAAGUAAGAGACCGGUAGGGUAGGGUAGGGUAGGGUAGAGUAGGAUAGGGUAGGGUAGGGUAGGGUAGGGUAAUUUAGAGUGGGGUAGGGUAGGGUAAUUUAGAGUAGGGUAGGGUAAGUACUUUUAAAAUUUUAUUUUUUUCAAUUUCAGAGACCUCCAAAAGUUAGUGCUUCACCUAAAAGUGCCAUUUUCUGACAAAGCGUUUGUUUUCAAGACCUACGUCUUUAUCAGCCCUUCACAUUAUAUCAAUUUGUUUGAAUUGGAAGAACAUCAUCAAGUAAUAUACAAUGGCCCUCGUUCUGAUAACUAUGAUAACAUUUCUGGACUUGACGAUUUACUACAAGAGUAUUAUCCGGAUUUUCCGGAUCCAAUGUUGACAGCCGAUACACGCGAUACUAUGAGCAAAGAGUGCUUUCAUGGAGAUGUAUGUACUCAUCUUUUGAUGUUUUUCUAUUAAUUUUUUUUUUGCUGAAAAAAAAAAUUUUUAGUGCAAUCUUAUUUCCAUUGCACCGUGCAAUCUUAUUUCUAUUGCACCGUGCAACCUUAUUUCCAUUGCACCGUGCAACCUCAUUCCCGUUGCACUGUGCAACCUUAUUUCCGUUGCACCGUGCAACUUUAUUCCCGUUGCACAGUGCAAUCUUACCUCCAUUGCACCGUGCAAAUUUUAAAUAAAAAACUAUUUUUUAAGUAAAAAAUUACUUUUCAGUUCUACUGUGUAAUAGAUCAAGUAACGGGUGAACUGAAAGGAUCAUACAACCAGAUUUACUAUUCUGGGCAUGACAUUUCAAUUUUCCAAUGGAACGAGUUCUAUGGUGGACAAUAUAUUGUAGAUCAUGUUACUGGGUAAGGCGAAUAUUAAUUUUGAUAUAAUUGUUUGACUGAAGGUUUUAAAAUGUUGCCAUUUUCAGCCACUGCUUCCGAAUCAACCGUAAGACCCGUACCUUUAAAGGGCCGGAACCUCAAACUAUAAGCAACAUGAGUUUCCCUGAAAUGCUGACGAAAUACCCAUUUGUAAUGAGUGACGAUGUGUUUUUGACCAGAAGAUUUAUGCUAAUUGAUGAAGAAAUCGACAAUCUUAACCAGGAUUUUGACAAUGAAAAAGGUACAGUAGCCGAUGAUGAAGUUACGACAGUAACUGAAUAUACGACAGUAACCGACGAAGAACUUACUACAGAACCAGAAACCGAGCGGACUACAGAACCUCAAGCUGACGUUGCGACAAGUUUUCAAACAUUUACAGUACACACGACAACAGAAAGUACUGUAACACAAAAAGUGGAAAGGUGGCAUGAUACUGUAGAAACGUACUAUGGAGAUGGCAGCUCAGAAAAUGAUCAAACGUAUGUUUGGCCUUACAUUGUCUUGCCCUACCCUACCCACCCUACUCUACUCUACCCUACUCUACCCUACCCUACCCUACCCUACCCUACCCUACCCUACCCUACCCUACCCUACCCUACUCUACCCUACCCUACCCUACCCUAACCUACUCUACCCUACCCUACCCUACCCUACCCUACUCUACCCUACCCUACCCUACCCUACCCUACCCUACUCUACCCUACCCUACCUUACCCUACCGUAGUCUACCUUACCGUACUCUACCGUACCCUACCCUGCCCAACUCUACUCCAUCCUACUCUAUGUUACACUACACAAACGUACCCUACUUCACCCUACCUUGCUCUAUCGUACUUACUAUACUCUACCUUACCCUACCCUACCCUACCCUACCCUACAAGUUCAAAUGUAAAAUAUUUUUAGAGAAAACAGAGAAUACGACUAUGACAAGCCAGUAGAAGACACAGUGCCAACUAUGAUGAUUCCUGAAGCCAGACCGACCAUCAAAAACAUCAACAGUGUGGUUCAAGUACCAUCAGUUAAAAUGCACGUUUUUACUGUACAAAACUCAAGCUCAUCUUGUAGUAGGCUUUGUAACGUGGCCUUGUACAUAUUUAUUAUUUUUUAUAUUUUUAAUUAUUAAAAUAUUUGCUUGGAUCAAUAAAAAAAAUUAAUAUAAAAGCAAUUUUUUUCAUUUUUCAUUGUUACUUCGAAUGUAAAAUGAAGUCAUAACUUUUGAAAAAGAUUAUACAUUGACAGUUUAGCCUUACAAUGAAAGUACCCGACCUGCCCCACUCUGA